CCGGGGCACGAGCCUACGCGGCACGUGGGCAGGUGCUGGUUGGCCCCAGGGCCAACUUUUGCAGCCCGCCCUCCCGCGCAGGCAAGAGGCGGCGGGCGCAGAGACGGGGCCGGGCGGUGGCCCCAAGGCGGUUCCUUGUCGCUGCCCGAGCGUCGCCUAACGGUCCCAGGCGCUUCGGGUCCGCGCGGGGGUGGCCCGACCCCGUCCCCACGCCGGAGUCCCGCACAAAGCCCGCGGCGCGGGGUGGCCGCCGCCCGUCGCCGUCCCUGUUCCCGCGUCGCGGCGGCCGCAGGCGUUUGUUUGUUGCUUGCGCGCCGCCCUGCGCGCCGGAUGGCUUCCUGUGACAGAGGCUGCCUGCUGUCUCCCGGGGAGAUCAUGAAACGAGGUCGCCUUCCCAGCAGCAGUGAGGAUUCUGACGACAAUGGCAGUUUGUCAACGACAUGGUCCCAGCAUUCUCGAUCCCAGCAAGGGAGAAGUGGUACCUGCUCUAGACCUGAAGAUCGAAAGCCUUCUGAGGUGUUUAGGACCGACCUGAUCACUGCCAUGAAGUUGCAUGACUCCUACCAGCUGAACCCGGAUGACUACUACGUGCUGGCUGAUCCCUGGAGACAGGAGUGGGAGAAAGGGGUCCAGGUGCCUGUGAGCCCAGGGACCAUCCCACAGCCUGUGGCCAGGGUUGUGUCUGAAGAGAAGUCUCUCAUGUUCAUCAGGCCCAAGAAGUACAUCGCAUCGUCUGGCUCUGAGCCCCCAGCGUUAGGCUACGUUGAUAUCCGGACUCUGGCAGACAGUGUGUGUCGGUAUGACCUCAAUGAUAUGGAUGCUGCGUGGCUGGAAGUAACCAAUGAAGAAUUUAAGGAGAUGGGGAUGCCGGAGCUGGACGAGUACACCAUGGAAAGGGUCUUAGAGGAAUUUGAACAGCGAUGCUAUGACAAUAUGAAUCAUGCCAUAGAGACAGAAGAGGGCUUGGGGAUUGAAUACGACGAAGACGUUGUCUGCGAUGUCUGCCAGUCACCUGAUGGCGAGGACGGCAACGAGAUGGUAUUCUGUGACAAGUGUAACAUCUGUGUGCACCAGGCUUGCUAUGGGAUCCUCAAGGUGCCAGAGGGCAGUUGGCUAUGUCGUACAUGUGCCCUGGGAGUUCAGCCAAAAUGUUUGCUGUGUCCCAAGAAAGGCGGAGCUAUGAAGCCGACCCGCAGCGGAACCAAGUGGGUCCACGUCAGCUGUGCCCUGUGGAUCCCUGAGGUAAGCAUUGGCAGCCCUGAGAAGAUGGAGCCCAUCACAAAAGUGUCACACAUUCCCAGCAGCCGGUGGGCGCUUGUGUGCAGCCUCUGCAAUGAGAAAUUCGGGGCUUCCAUACAGUGCUCUGUGAAGAACUGCCGGACAGCCUUCCAUGUGACUUGUGCUUUUGACCGUGGCCUGGAGAUGAAGACCAUAUUGGCAGAGAAUGAUGAAGUCAAAUUCAAGUCCUACUGCCCAAAGCACAGCUCACACAGGAAACCCGAGGAGGGCCUGGGUGAAGGAACAGCCCAGGAGAAUGGGGCCCCUGAGAGUUCUCCCCAGAGCCCUCUGGAGCCCUAUGGUAAUCUGGAGCAGAAUCGAGAGGAGGCCCACCGGGUGAGUGUUCGCAAGCAGAAGCUACAGCAGCUGGAGGAUGAGUUCUACACCUUCGUCAACCUGCUGGAUGUGGCCAGGGCCCUGCGGCUGCCUGAGGAAGUGGUGGAUUUCCUGUAUCAGUACUGGAAGUUGAAGAGGAAGAUCAACUUCAAUAAGCCCCUCAUCACCCCAAAGAAAGAUGAAGAGGACAAUCUAGCCAAGCGGGAGCAGGAUGUCUUGUUUAGGAGGCUGCAGCUGUUCACGCACCUGCGGCAGGACCUGGAGAGGGUUCGGAACCUCACUUACAUGGUGACCCGCAGGGAAAAGAUUAAACGGUCUGUGUGCAAAGUCCAGGAACAAAUUUUCACUCAGUACACUAAGCUCUUGGAGCAAGAAAAAGUUUCAGGUGUGCCUUCUUCCUGCUCCUCCGCACUGGAGAACAUGCUUUUGUUCAACAGUCCUUCUGUGGGCCCCAAUGCUCCCAAGAUAGAGGACUUGAAGUGGCAUUCUGCAUUCUUCAGGAAACAAAUGGGUACUUCCUUGGUUAAUCCACUGAAAAAGUCCCAUAAGCGAGAUGCAUUGCAGAACAGUUCUGGGACUGAGGGCAAGACCUCGCAUAAGCAGCCAGGUCUUUGUGGUAGAAAGGAGGGGCUGGGGGUCCCAGAAAGCUUGCUGAGCUUAGAAAAGACUUUUGCAGAAGCACGUCUCAUAUCAUCAGCACAACAGAGAAAUGGUGUGGUGACCCCAGACCAUGGGAAAAGAAGAGACAAUCGUUUUCAUUGUGAUCUCGUUAAAGGAGACUUAAAGGACAAAUCUUUUAAGCAGAGUCACAAGCCUCUCAGGUCCACAGACACAUCCCAGAGGCAUCUGGACAACACAAGAGCUGCCACCUCCCCUGGAGUAGGGCAGUCAGCACCUGGCACCAGGAAGGAGAUUGUGUCCAAGUGCAAUGGCUCCCUAGUCAAAGUGCCUAUAACACCUGCCAGCCCAGUUAAAAGCUGGGGAGGAUUCCGGAUUCCAAAGAAGGGGGAGCGGCAGCAGCAAGGAGAAGCCCAUGAUGGGGCCUGCCACCAGCACUCAGACUGCUCCCAUCUGGGUGUAAGCCGAGCUCCAGCCAAGGAGAGAGCGAAGAGCAGGUUAAGAGCUGACAGUGAGAAUGAUGGGUACGCCCCAGACGGGGAAAUGAGUGACUCAGAGAGCGAGGCAUCAGAGAAGAAAUGUAUCCAUGCCAGCAGCACCAUCAGCAGGAGGACAGACAUCAUCAGGAGAAGCAUCUUGGCCUCUUGAUGAAACAGCCGGUGUGGAAGCACAUGGCUUGUUGCCGUGUGCUGAGGAGAGCUCUGAUAAUGGGGGCAAGCAAAUACCCAUUGUUUCUGAGCUACAGACAUACUUCCUUGCAAUUCAGAUUGAAUUUUUUUCCAGAGUCAUUUAUAAAUCAUUGUGAGAAGUUUGUGUUAUUUGCAACUUGUUGAGGAAACAGAAGAGUAGACUGUAACCAUAAGACACUAAGAUUAGAACCUGAACUAAACACUAAAAAAAAAAAAAAAAAAAACCCAACAAAU